AACCCAAACACCUUCCUUACCUUCUUCUUCUUCCUUCAUCUGCAACUCUCUCUCUCUCUCUCUACUUUCUAUUGCUCUUUUCUGCGUAAGAGAGAUCGUAGCUCAACCGGCACCGGACAUCAAUGGAUUCUUCCAAAGGCACAAUGGAGGUUGUAGUCCCAAGACAAGACCAGUCAAAUCAACAUAAUGAGGAUAAGCUAGUUCCAAGACAAGACCAGUCAAAUCAACAUAAUGAGGAUAAGCUGGAGUUCUCAAGAUGCUCAAAAAAAUUUGGAACUUCAAAGAGAAAGGCUGAAGAAAUUCAUGAGCAUGGUAAUAAGAAACCAAAACCUGAAGGGGAAAAAGUAAAUAUGGGAAGUUUAAAGAACAGUACCUCAGUAAGAAUGGAGGUUGUAGUUCCAAGACAAGACCAGUCAAAUCAACAUAAUGAGGAUAAGCUGGAGUUCUCAAGAUGCUCAAAAACAUAUGGAACUUCAAAGAGAAAGGCUGAAGAAAUUCAUGAGCAUGGUAAUAAGAAACCAAAACCUGAAGGGGAACAAGUAAAUAUGGGACGAUUAAAGAACAGUACCGCUGUAAGAAUGGAGGUUACAGCUGCAAGACGAGAACAGUCAAAUCAACCUAACAAUAAUAAGCCGGACAAACUCUCUAAAUGCUCUAGGCCUCUUAGAAUGUCAAAGAAGGGAAAGGUUCAGGAGAUUCAUAAACUUGAUAUCACGAAACCAAAGUCAGAACCGAAAGAAGACAAUCUGGUAAGUUCAAAAAGGACCACUAAAUUUUCAUCCAAUAAAGGAGAUGAGCCAAAGAAGCUUACUGUCUCAAACAAGAAAAGGAAAUUUGAAGAUGAUUUCUUAAUUAACAAAUUGGAAGAAGAUGAAGAAAUGUUUUUUCCUUUAAAGACAAAGACCAGGAGCAGAGCUAAAAGAAUGGAUGACAUGAUGGAUGUCGAGCAAAAUCCCCGGAAAUGUCAUCAGUGCAUGAAAAAGGAGAGAACAGCUUUUGUGCCUUGUACUAAAUGUCUGAAAAUGUACUGUAUGCGAUGCAUCAAUCUAUGGUACUCUAAUAUGUCAAUAGAAGAAAUUGCUGAAAGCUGCCCAUGUUGCCGUAAAAACUGCAAUUGCAAUGUUUGCUUGCGUUCAAGAGGAAUGAUUAAGACAUCCAACAGGGACAUCACUGAUUAUGAGAAAGCUCAAUAUAUGCAAUAUAUGAUUAACUUACUCCUUCCAUUUCUUGAACAAAUUUGUCAUGAACAAUGUCAAGAGGAGGAUAUUGAAGCUAAAAUACAAGGAAAAUCUUCUUGUGAGAUUGAGAUACACCAAAGUCUUUGUGGUGACAAUGAACGUGUCUAUUGUGACCAUUGUGCUACUUCAAUUGUUGACCUUCACCGAAGGUGCCCCGAGUGUUCUUAUGAACUCUGUCUCACUUGUUGCCAAGAAAUACGCAAGGGAAGCAUUACUUCCCGGGAUGAGCUGAAGUUCCAAUACUUGAAUAGGGGUUAUGACUAUAUGCAUGGUGGUGACCCUCUACCAGUGUCUUGUGAUGUAGAGACUUCAAAGGGACAUAUUGAGCUAUCUACUAAGUGGAAUGCCAAAAGUCAUGGAAGUGUUAGUUGUGCUCCAAAGGAGGGAGGAGGUUGUGGUAGUUCUGAAUUGGAGCUAAGGCGCAUCCUUCAACGUGGGUGGAUAUCUGACUUGGAAGCAAAAGCUCGUGAUGUGUUGAAGAUUUGGGAAAUUGAACAAAUGAGAAGGGUGGCACUUGGAGAAGGCACAAACGACAAUAACAUAUACUGUCCAGAGUCAAGAGACAUUUUAAAAGAAGAAUUAUUACUCUUUCAAAGGCAUUGGACUAAUGGUGAACCAAUUAUAGUUAAGAAUAUUCUUAAACAGGGGACAGGUCUGAGCUGGGAGCCAAUGGUCAUGCGGCGAGUAUUAUGUGAAAAUAGAGUUUCAGAAAUCAGCUCAAGAAUGUCAGAAGUUAAGGCCAUUGAUUGCCUGGCUAAUUGUGAGGUAGAAAUUAAUACUCAUAAGUUUUUUAAAGGUUAUACUGAGGGAAGAACAUAUCAAAAUCUCUGGCCAGAGAUGCUCAAGCUAAAAGACUGGCCCCCCUCUGAUAAAUUUGAAAAUCUUUUGCCUCGCCAUUGUGAUGAGUUUAUUCGUUCCUUGCCAUUUCAAGAGUACACUGAUCCUGGGGCUGGAAUUGUCAAUCUUGCUGUAAAGUUGCCAGCCCAUGUCCUAAAACCUGACAUGGGUCCAAAAACAUACAUUGCUUAUGGGAUUAAAGAAGAACUUGGUAGAGGAGACUCUGUAACAAAACUUCACUGUGAUAUGUCAGAUGCGGUGAAUAUUUUGACCCAUACGGCCGAGGUGAUAUUAAGUGAUGAGCAGCUCUCUAUUAUUUCAAAGUUGAAAGAAGCACACAAGGCACAAGAUGAGAAAGAACAUUGUGCACAGGAGAGGAUUGCUGAAUGCCUGAAUGGUGGACCUUGCAAUAACAACAAAGAACAUAUAAAAGAUAAGGAAGUCUUAGAACCUAAAGAUAUGGAGAAGCGCCCUUUUGAAAUUAAUGGGAAGAUAUUUCAAAAUGAUGUGUCUGAGGGGGUCAUUUUUGCUGCUAUUUCUCCAGAAAAUGAACCAACGGAAACAGGUGGUGCCCUAUGGGAUAUCUUUAGGAGAGAUGAUAUUGAAAAGUUAGAAACAUAUUUAAGAAAACACUCAAAAGAAUUUAGACAUACUUAUUGUUCUCCGGUUGAACAGGUUGUUCAUCCAAUUCAUGACCAAUGUUUUUAUUUGACUUUGGAGCACAAGAAGAAGCUGAAGGAGGAGUUUGGUGUAGAACCCUGGACUUUUGAGCAGAAACUUGGGGAGGCUGUAUUUAUUCCUGCUGGAUGCCCACAUCAAGUGAGGAACCUCAAGUCAUGCAUAAAAGUUGCUGUAGACUUCGUGUCCCCAGAAAAUGUUCAUGAGUGUCUGCGUUUAACUAAUGAGUUCCGUCAGCUUCCCAAGAACCACAAGGCUAGAGAAGAUAAACUUGAGAUAAAGAAGAUGAUAGUAUAUGCCGUUGAUCAAGCUGUCAAAGACCUUCAAGCUUUUCUGGUGGCUGAUACUAUCAGUUGCUGUGAAUAGUUACAAUAUGCAGAUGGAAAAUUUUGUUAAGUCUAGAGCGUCUGAUUGGAGUAUUUAAUUGCACUCGCAAUGGAGUGAUUCUUUUCUCAUUCUUUUUGUAAUAAUAGAGUGGUUGGAUUUGCAUUUUAUAAGACAAUUUUGGUAAUAAUAGAGUUAUUACUUUAGUUACAUUUACAUUU